GAGACCUCCCAUCACCGCAGAGGAGGGAGGGAGAGGGGCAGACUCGGGCUCUCCCGGCGGUGGGCUGGGAGCCUGGGACGGAGGUUCACGGGCUGCCCAGUGUGGAACCCUGGGCUCAGGCAGGUCCCCGCCCUCUCAACCUCAGUUUCCCUCCCGCGAGGGGCGGCUUCGUGGAACCGAGGCCUGGCUCCCUAGGAACCAUGUGGCCAAAGGGCUGAGCUGUGUGGCCAGAGAAGGUGCUUCUGCCCUCCUUCAGCGAAUUCUGCCAGUAAGUGAGUCACAGCCACAACCUUUCCCAGAAGGUAUGAGGGAAUCUGGAGACCAGGCUUGGCUUCCUACCGGCCUUGUGAUCUUGGGCAGUUCACCAUCCCUGCUCCAGGCUGCGGUUUUCCAUGAGUAAGGGGCACGGUUGGAUUAGGUGCCAUUUAUGAUCCUUGGGGGCACCAACUUUCAGUGGUUAUGAUUGGUUCUAUUCAGCCAUGCCCUGUGUUAGACCCACAGUUGUUUACAGAGCAGCCCAGUCCAACCCCACAUUAUGGAGGAAUGAGGCUGGCCCACCCUGCCCCCACCUUGCCCUGAAGGCUGAAGAUUCUUACUAAAGAACAACUGUGCCAUUCCCACUUGAGGAACUGGCAAGGGCCCAGGGGGUCGCGGAAACCCUGGAGGUUGGCCUCAAGGUUGGGGCUGAGGGACCCCCAGAUUAGGGGAUGGUUUAAGUGCAACUGUGUCUCUGAGUUUGGGGUCCACGUCAGCCCAGCGGGGUUCCAUUUCUUUGCAUUUUAAAAAGCCUGGCCAUGUCUCCUGGUCUGAUACAAUCGCAUUAUCCCUUUCUCUUGAGUCCUCGAUGUCCAGUUGUUUUGCAUGACCCCACAACAACCCUUUGUGAGAGAAGGCAGGAGAGAUCAGCCCAUUUCACAGAUGAAGACACUAAGACCUCAGGUCAUAGAGCAAUUCUUCAAGGGCCUCCCCUGCAGGAGCCAUGAAGCUGAACGAGAGGAGUGUGGCCCACUAUGCACUGAGCGACUCGCCGGCGGACCACACAGGCUUCCUGCGCACAUGGGGGGGCCCAGGGACCCCACCCACUCCCAGUGGCGCUGGCCGAAGAUGCUGGUUUGUCCUCAAGGGCAACCUGCUGUUCUCCUUCGAGAGUCGUGAGGGCCGGGCCCCGCUGAGCCUGGUGGUGCUGGAGGGCUGCACAGUGGAGCUGGCCGAGGCUCCCGUGCCUGAGGAGUUUGCCUUCGCCAUCCGCUUCGACGCCCCUGGUGUUCGGCCGCAUCUGCUGGCUGCAGAUGGGCCGGCGGCCCAGGAGGCCUGGGUGAAGGCGCUGUCACGGGCAAGCUUUGGCUACAUGCGCCUGGUGGUGCGUGAGCUGGAGGGCCAGUUGCGUGAUGCCCGUCAGACCCUGGCUUUGCAUCGUCGCUCAUCCCAGAAAACUGGCACCAGCCGCUAUAAACCCCAGGCUCCUGACCUCUGUUCUCCAGGGCUGGAGAAUGGUCACUUCCCCUCCAAGGACUGCAGCCCUGUGGGCAUGGCCGAGGAAGGGGGCAGCAGGCCAGCAGGGUGGGCCUUGGCCGAGUGGGAGUUCCAGGGCCCUGCUAGCCUGCUCUUAGGCAGGGGACAGAGCCCCGUGUCCCCUGAGACCUCUUGCUUCUCCACUCUGCAUGACUGGUAUGGCCAGGAGAUUGUGGAGCUGAGGCGGGGUUGGCUGCAGAGGGCCCGGGGGGGUCAGGCAGAGUGUGAAAAAAAGGACAGGCCCUGAGCCCAGGCCCCUCAGGGUCUGCCUGUCCUGCUGGUCAGGACACCUGGGUUUUUUCGGGAGUUGAAUGUUUAUUCUUUUCCAAGGUUGCUUUUUGGGGGUUUCUCUCCUUCCUGCAGCUGAGGCCUUCUCCAGGUUCCAGAUACACACUCGUGCCAGGAGGGUACUUAAGAAUCAUUACUUCCGACUCCUCUAUUUCCUGAGACCCAAAGAGGAAAGGGGGUCUCCUGACUCUGCACCAGACUGCUCCUCUCUCCGAGGAUAUUAAUGACAUGGAGGAAGCGCGAAAUGUUACAUGGCCACAAGCUGCCCCACCUUUCACCCACACACCAGAUUCUGUAGCCACAAUUUCCAGUGUGGAAGUCUGGAGUGCAUUUAAAUACCAGAGGUAGUCUGCAGUAUUGGCUUGAGGUCUGACGUUGCCAGAGAAAGUGGGUUCAUUAUGUCAUGGGGGUUUCUGGGGCCCUGUUCUUCCUGAGAGUGAUGGGAAGAUCAUGCAGGGGAUGCCCAUUCUUCAGUCUGGGUAAGGCACUUCAGAGGGAGAGGGACUCCAGCCAACAGGGGAUUUGCUAAGAACGUGUUGGGGCCCCCAUCCUCUCUCUGGCUGCCCUGUCAACAGAAGGUGCUGGACGUUGCCCCUGCAGGGGCUGGUAGCUUUUAUGUCAGCAGAAACCCUUCCUGUACACCAUCCUCAGCAGCCAGCUUCUGGAGGUGGAACUGCCAAGUGGGAAGUCUAAAGAAGUGAGGAGGCAGCGUGGCUUCCCAAGGAAAGCCAUCUGUUGCUUUGGUUCUCUGUCCUGGACAUCCUAGGAGCUUGGACACAGGAUUCCUGGUGUUGUGUGCUGAACUCUUCACUUCCGACUGGGCUCCCAAAGAGGUGUUCCUGCUUCUUAAGGUGCCAGUGAAAACAUUUGGGAACUCCUUCACAGUCCUGCUGUCACCCCGGGCUUACCUGCCCAGACUCCUCAUUGUCACUCUCACCAGCACUGGGCCAAGUAUUUUUUUUUGGUUGUUCAGGGUGGGAAAGUGGUUGGGCUUAUAGAGCCAGAAGCCAGACCAACCCUAGGGGGAUGGCAGUGGCUGGAUCAGAAGGUGCAGAGCCUAGUCAGAGACACUGCUCCCCAAACACACAGAAUCUGCCCCUUCCCAGCCUCUCCCUCCCUUACUGGUGCCCUUGGGUAGCCUGACCUAGGCCCAAGUAGGCAGAGAGGCUGAGGCUCAGCACCUCUUAUCUCCAGGACCCAUUCCUGCCCGGUUUGUUUCCCAGGAAGAGGGGCCACCUUCCCAGCCCCACAGCCCGCUGCACAGACACCACAGGCCUUUGUUAUCUUUGCUAUUGUUGCAGCGCUUUUGACACAAUUAAAACACUAAAUAAAGCUUUUUUUUAUCAUA